AUGACAGGAAAGCUAGGGAGCUACCUGGAGUCGCGUGGGUUGGACCGAUGUUCGAUCGACGUUUGGCGGCGGGUGGCUCGCAACUCGCGCCAAUUCCUGAAGGGGCGGGGAGCCAACCCGGGCAAAGAGAAGCGCCUCUUCAAGGAGGGCCUACUCGCUCAGGUCGCGGAUCUCGAUCGUCGGGCGGACUCGUCGGGGCUUGACGAGGACGAUCAGGCGCUGCGGUAUUUCCUGGAGGACCAGCUCAUCUCGCCGGAUAGGCUCGACGAGGAGUACUGGCGACAGCGCGAUCGGGUGCAAUGGACCCUAAAGGGGGACUCCCGCACGGCGUACUUCCAUGCGAUUGCCAAUGGGAGGCGACGCAAGUGCGCCAUACCGCGCUUGAUCACUGAUCAUGGAGAAAUUGAGGAUCAAACCGACCUCAUGAAGCACGUGUACGAUUUCUACAUUGGCCUCAUGGGGUCGUCCGGGGAAGAGAGGGUAUUUUCCCUGGCUCCAAACCUCUGGGGAGAGGAGAAGCGGGUCUCGCCGGCAGAGAACCUGGCUUUGGAGCUCACCUUCACUCAAGAGGAACUGGACGAGGUCCUCUUGAGUAUGAAGACGGACACGGCCCCGGGUCCGGAUGGCCUGCCGGUGUCUUUCUUCAAACGGUUUUGGGGAACCCUUCGGGCACCAAUCUUGCAGCUCCUUAACGAUUUCGUCCUUGGGAGGGUGGAUAUCGCAAGGCUCAACUUUGGUGUUAUCUCGCUGAUUCCGAAAGUCCCAGGCGCGGACUCGAUCAGACAGUUCCGGCCUAUUGCCCUUAUUAACGUCAUAUUCAAGUUUGUGGCAAAGGCUUUCGCGAUUCGGCUGGCCCCGUUGGCUCACAGGAUCAUUGAUCGGAGCCAGACGGCGUUUAUUCGUGGCAGAUGCCUUCACGAGGGAGUGUUGGCUCUCCAUGAGAUUGCUCACGAGCUGCGGGCCAAGAAGCUUGGGGGCCUCUUGCUCAAGCUUGACUUCGAGAAGGCUUAUGACCGCGUCAACCGGGAUUUCCUUAGAGAGGUUUUGCUCCGCAAGGGGUUCUCGGGGAUGAUGGUCCACCGCUCGAUGCAGCUGGUCAUGGGUGGCCAAACCGCUAUCAACGUUAACGUGAGCGAUCGCCCGCUUAGGGUAGCGGACUGGUGCUUCCUCCCGGAGAAGGUGGGACAUAGGGUCGACCCAUGGCAAGGCCUUUUUUUGGCCUCGGCCGGGCGCCUUGAGCUGACUAACUCGUGUUUGUCUAGCUUACCUAUGUUCGCAAUGGGCAUCUAUUUGCUCCAUGACGCGACCCAUCUUGCCAUGGACGGACCGAGGUCCCGCUUCUUUUGGGAAGGAGUGGGGAACAAGCGCAAAUACCAUAUGGUUGAUCGGGCCACGGUCUGUAAGCCGAAAGAGGUGGGGGGUUUGGGUAUCCUCAACACGAAGCUUAUGAACAUCGCGCUGAUGCUUAAAUGGAUAUGGAAGCUUUAUCAGAACGCAGAAGGGAUGUGGGCUGAUUUGAUUCGCGCAAAGUACCUAGGGGAUAGGGACUUAUUUGAUAGGGACGUGCCAGUUAGAGGCUCCCAGUUUUGGAACGCCAUUCAUAAGAUCAAGUGGUAUUUCAAACUUGGAGCAAGGCACAAGGUCCGGAAUGGGAAAAUGACCUAUUUUUGGCUCGACUGGUGGUCGGGGCUUGGCCCCCUCAGGGCGAGAUUCCCUAGGCUUUUUAGCUGCUGUGAUCAACCGUUCAUUACGGUGGAUGCGGCAAGGGAUAGGGGCGGCGCGCCGGGAGCGUGGCGCAUCCGCUUUAGAAGGCAAUUCAGCCUGGCGGAGACGGUCGAGUGGGACAACCUCUGUCGCGAGAUACAAGAGCUCCCCACUGAUGACCAACACGACGUAGUUUCCUGGUCCUUGGAACCCUCGAGGAUGUUCUCGGCUAAGUCGGUUUACUACGGACUGACGCAGGGGGCGUCGGUGUCACACUUUAGAGAUGUUUGGCGGGCACGGGUGCCUCCAAAAAUCAAGGUGUUUCUUUGGCAGCUUAUCAGGGGCAAGCUACCAUCGUCUGAGCAGGUGGCCAAGCGGCGUGGUCCGUCUAAUGGCCGAUGCUCCAUGUGCGGAGAGGUGGAAGACUGCAACCACAUCUUCUUCACUUGCCACAUGGCGGGAUUCAUGUGGGCGGGAGUUAGGGAACUGCUGCACUGUGAAUGGAACCCGGGCGGGAUAGGGGAUUUCAUUGCGCUAGCUCAGGGCAUUUCAGGCCCUCUUCGUAGUUUAGUUUGGUUCACCUUUGCGGCCAUGUCUUGGUCUCUUUGGAACAUUAGGAAUAAACUAACUAUUGAAGGAAAGCUGAUUAACAACCCGACUGACGCCUUCUACCAUAUGAUGCUUCACAUGCAGUCUUGGAGGGUACUGGUCAGACGGAGGGACAGGGCGCUGCUGGACGAGGCGCUCGAGGCGAAAGCUAAGGCUGGGACGGUUUUUGGGGAAGUGGUGAUGGCAGUCAGGGCGUGGUUGCUGGACGUGCUAAACCCAUUUGCAGGAAUGGGGAAAUGCAGUUCGUAG